AUGGAGAACAAGAAUCCUCUCAAAAUUCUGGUUGCCGGCGGAGGCAUCGCCGGGCUCACAGCCGCUCUGGGAUUACGCCACCAAGGGCAUGAAGUUACUGUCUUUGAGAGGUCCGAACUCGCUAAGGAGUUUGGCGCUGCCAUCCAUGUUGGCCCAAACUGCCACAGCCUGCUGAAGAAGUUGGGAAUCUUCCCAGAAGCCUUGGGGGCUAAUCGAAUGGAUUGGAUCAUCCAGCACGAUGAAAACGGCAAUGUCCUAAGAGAGAUGGACCUUCGGAGCUCCAUGGAUAUAUGGGAAGACCCCUGGGUUCUCUGCCAUCGAGUUGCAAUUCACGAAAAGCUCAAGGAGAAGGCAACAGAAACGGCUGGACCCGGUCUGCCCGUGAAUUUGCGGUUAGCCAGCCCAGUGAUCAAUGUUGACCCUUCAACGGCUACAAUUUUCCUGGCGGAUGGCUCGAAGCACACGGGAGACCUUAUCAUAGGUGCUGAUGGCGUGAGCUCAAUUACCCGUAAAUUUGUAGUCGGGCCACAUAUCAAGCCAUUCCCUUAUGGCAAAAACAUGUUUCGAUUCAUGAUACCUCGAAAACAGAUCCGAGACAAUGCCGAAAUUGCACACUUCGUGGAGAAGGACGGCUGUAUGCGAAGCUGGCGAAACGAUGGCUGCACACUCAUCAUGUAUCCCUGCCAAAACAAUACCAUGAUGAACUUCGCUAGUAUACAUCCAAGAGACAUGUCCCCAACAAAAGGAGAAGGUUGGGACCAGGAGGCAACCAAGGAGAAGUUGCUUGAAAUCUUUGGAACCUUCGGCUCCACGAUCAAGGAAAUACUGAAAUUGGCCGACAUGAACGACUAG